GCAGAGCCGGGCUGCUUGUCUGGCCGGCGGAGGCUGAGCGCGACUUUAGCGAGCCGCGGCGCCCGCCGACCAGGAACGAGCCCGACUCCCGGGACCCCGCUCUGCCCCCGCGCGGUCACCCCCUCCCUGUUGUCGCGGGGACACUCCAGCCGGAGCCACGAUUCUCCUCCUCUUCCUCCCGAAGGGGAAGGGACGGCGAAAGCGGAGCGGCUGCACUGGAGAGAGCGAGCCGAGGCCCUUGCCCCGGAGGCUCGGGACUGGAGGAGGAGGCGGAGGCGGAGGGAAGUGCGCGUCACUCCCAGGAGGAGAGUGUUUCACCUCCAGGCAGAGGCUGCGGCUGCCAGUUGCGUAAAAGCAGCAGCGGCGGCGGCGGCGGCGGCGGUGGCAGCGGGCUCCGGGGCUGGAGGGGCUCCCUGGCCAUGGAGGGAAGAUCCGGACCCGGGGACGCCAGGAGCUCUGCUCGGUCUCCUCGGGCUGCUGUGUAGGCACCUGAAUUAGCCAACGCUAAGCGGGGGAGGGGAAGUGACGGUGUAUCAUGCAUGCCACUAAUUCCAGGGGACACUCCCCUGCUUUCCUGCAACCUCAGAAUGGAAACAGCCAUCGUUCAUCUGGCUAUGUUCCAGGGAAGGUUGUCCCACUGCGUCCCCCUCCUCCUCCAAAGAGCCAAGCUUCAGCCAAAUUUACCUCCAUCCGACAGGAAGCCCAGGCCAGCUUUGCUUUUUCAUCUGAGGAACAGCAAGUCCAGAGAGAGCGCCGAAAGCAGAAGAGGCACAAAAAUACUUUCAUUUGCUUUGCUAUUACUAGUUUUUCAUUUUUUGUUGCCCUUGCAGUCAUUUUAGGAAUAUCCUCAAAAUAUGCUCCAGAUGAGAAUUGCCCAGAUCAAAACCCCCGUCUCAGGAACUGGGAUCCAGGACAAGAUUCUGCAAAACAAGUUGUUAUCAAGGAAGGAGAUAUGUUUCGUCUGACCUCAGAUGCCACAGUGAAUUCUAUAGUUAUUCAGGAUGGAGGACUGCUUGUAUUUGGGGACGAUAAAGAUGGAUCCAGAAAUAUUACUUUGAGGACUCGUUACAUCCUGAUCAAGGAUGGUGGGGCGCUUCAUAUUGGAGCAGAAAAAUGCCGCUAUAAAUCCAAAGCGACAAUUGCCUUGUAUGGCAAGUCAGAUGAAGGUGAAAGUAUGCCAACAUUUGGCAAAAAAUUUAUUGGUGUGGAAGCUGGCGGGACACUGGAAUUACAUGGGACACAGAAGGCAUCAUGGACGUUGUUGGUGAGAACUCUGAAUUCUUCAGGCUUGACCUUUGGCUCCUAUGCCUUUAAAAAGGACUUUUCCAGGGGCCUCAAUGUGAGGGUCAUUGAUCAAGACACAGCCAAAAUUUUGGAAAUUGAGAGAUUUGAUACCCAUGAAUUCCAAAAUGAAAGUAGGCGACUUCAGAAAUUCCUGAGAGACCAGGAUCCAGGACGGAUUGUUGCCAUAGCUGUUGGAGAUUCAGCUGUUAAAAGCCUCUUACAAGGAACCAUACAAAUGAUCCAGGACCGGCUGGGAAGUAAGCUGAUCCAAGGGCUGGGCUACAGGCAAGCUUGGGCUUUGGUUGGUGUCAUUGACGGUGGCAGUACUUCUUGCAAUGAGUCUGUAAGAAACUAUGAGAAUCAUAGUAGUGGAGGGAAGGCUCUCGCCCAAAGAGAAUUUUAUACUGUGGAUGGUCAGAAGUUCUCUGUGACAGCGUAUAGUGAAUGGAUUGAAGGUAUUUCUUUUUCAGGUUUCAGGGUAGAGGCCAUAGAUGGAGUAAAACUGCACCUGCUGGAUGAUGUUAGUAGCUGGGAACCCGGAGAUCAGAUUGUGGUCGCAAGCACGGACUAUUCCAUGUACCAAGCAGAGGAGUUUACUCUUCUCCCCUGUCCUGAGUGCAGCCGCUUCCAGGUCAAAGUCAAAGAAACGCCUCAGUUCCUGCACACGGGUGAGAUUAUAGAUGGUGUAGACAUGAGAGCUGAGGUUGGAAUUCUUACCCAGAAUAUUGUUAUCCGAGGAGAAAUGGAAGACUCAUGCUAUGCUGAAAAUCAAUGUCAGUUCUUUGAUUAUGAUACCUUUGGAGGACAUGUCAUGAUAAGGAAAAAUUUUACUUCAGUCCAUCUUUCUCAUGUGGAAUUGAAACACAUGGGUCAGCAGCACCUGGGGCGGUACCCUGUUCAUUUUCAUCUGUGUGGAGAUGUGGAUUACAAAGGAGGGUACAGACAUGCAACAUUUGUGGAUGGCCUAUCUAUUCAUCACAGCUUCUCAAGGUGCAUCACUGUGCAUGGGACAAAUGGCUUGCUGAUAAAAGACACCAUCGGAUUUGACACACUGGGUCAUUGUUUCUUUCUGGAAGAUGGUAUUGAACAGAGAAAUACUUUGUUCCACAAUCUGGGACUCCUUACCAAACCAGGCACACUCCUUCCCACGGAUCGGAAUAACUCCAUGUGCAUCACCAUGCGGGAAAAAGUAUUUGGAAAUUAUAUCCCUGUGCCUGCCACUGACUGUAUGGCUGUUUCAACUUUCUGGAUUGCUCAUCCCAACAAUAAUCUGAUUAAUAAUGCAGCUGCAGGCUCACAGGAUGCUGGAAUAUGGUAUUUAUUCCACAAGGAACCUACGGGGGAAUCCAGUGGAUUGCAGCUCUUAGCAAAACCAGAACUCACUCCACUGGGAAUAUUUUAUAAUAACAGGGUCCAUUCAAGUUUUAAGGCUGGCUUAUUUAUUGACAAAGGUGUCAAAACAACCAAUGCUAGUGCUGCUGACCCAAGGGAGUACCUCUGUUUGGAUAACAGCGCAAGGUUUCGGCCUCAUCAGGAUGCAGACCCUGAAAAGCCACGUGUUGCUGCUUUAAUUGACAGGCUCAUUGCUUUUAAAAAUAACGACAACGGAGCUUGGGUUAGAGGAGGAGACAUUGUUGUUCAGAAUUCAGCAUUUGCAGACAAUGGAAUAGGACUGACCUUUGCCAGUGAUGGAAGCUUCCCAAGUGAUGAAGGUUCCAGCCAAGAGGUAUCUGAAUCUCUCUUUGUGGGGGAGAGCAGGAAUUACGGCUUUCAGGGUGGUCAGAACAAGUAUGUAGGCACUGGAGGGAUAGACCUGAAGCCUCGGACAUUACCUAGGAACAGGACAUUUCCAAUUAGAGGCUUUCAAAUCUAUGAUGGGCCCAUUCAUCUCACCAGGUGCACUUUCAAAAAAUAUGUGCCAACUUUAGAUAGAUAUACCAGUGCUAUUGGCUUCCUCAUGAAGAAUUCCUGGCAGAUAACCCCUAGAAAUAACAUCUCCUUCGUAAAGUUUGGUCCACAUGUCUCUCUUAAUGUAUUCUUUGGAAAGCCUGGCCCCUGGUUUGAAGACUGUGAGCUAGAUGGUGAUAAGAACUCCAUAUUCCAUGACAUUGAUGGCUCUGUGACGGGAUACAAGGAUGCUUAUGUGGGAAGAAUGGACAACUACCUGAUCCGCCAUCCAAGCUGUAUAAACGUGACCAAAUGGAAUGCAGUGGUGUGCAGUGGGAGCUAUGCCCAGGUCUAUGUGCAGACAUGGAGCACUCCGAAUCUGACUAUGACCAUCACACGAGAUGAGUAUCCAGACUAUCCUAUGGUGCUCCGAGGAAUUAACCAGAAGGCAGCUUUCUCACAGUACCAGCCUGUGAUCAUGCUGGAGAAGGGCUACACCAUCCACUGGAAUGGGCCAGCACCCAAGAUUGCUUUUCUAUACCUCAUAAACUUCAACAAGAAUGACUGGAUUCGAGUUGGUCUCUGCUAUCCAUCAAACACAAGUUUUCAGGUUACCUUUGGCUUUUUACAGCGGCAUAAUGGCUCGUUAUCCAAAAUGGAAGAGUAUGAGCCUGUGCAUUCGCUGGAGGAACUGCAGAAGAAGCAGUCUGAGAGGAAAUUCUAUUUUGACUCCAGCACGGGGUUGCUGUUUCUGUAUCUUAAAGCCAAAAGCCACAGGGAUGGUCACAGUUACUGUUCAUCUCAGGGAUGCGAAAGAGUCAAGAUCCAGGCAGCAACAGACUCAAAAGACAUCAGUAACUGCAUGGCCAAAGCGUAUCCCCAGUAUUACAGAAAGCCAUCAGCCCUCAAGUCGAUGCCAUCCAUGCUCAAAGGACUCUGUCAAGGCUGUGGAACCCGUCAGGCGGUGUUUACAAGUGAUCCUCAUACAAGCUACCUCCCUGUGCAAUUCCGGUCACCCAGUCAAGCAGAGACUCAGCGUGGAGAUGUGUCUGUUAUUUCUAUCAACGGCACCGACUUUCCCUUCCGAAGUGUGGGCGUCCUCCUCCUGAUUGUGGAUGCCUGCAGUGUUCCCUUCCGGUUGACAGAAAAAAAGGUUUUCUCUUUCACUGAUGUCAGUCGCAUGGAAGAAUACUUAAAAACAGGCAUCCCUCCAAGGUCAGUUGUCCUGUUGAGCACAAGGGGACAGAUAAAGCAGUUGAAUAUUUCGGAUUCAUUAGUACCUCUGGGAUUAGCCAAGCCAGCCAAUCUUUAUAACAAAGGAAGUACCAUAUUUUUGGGAUUCAAUGGAAACUUUAAACCAUCAUGGACUAAGCUGUAUACCAGCCCUGCUAGACAGGGCCUCGGGCUGCUUGAACAAUUCAUACCUUUGCAGCUGGACGAAUAUGGUUGUCACAGAGCUGACACUAUCCGCCGAAGAGACCUGGAGCUGUUGAAGCAAACUUCAAAGGCACAUUAGAGACUUAACUGUAACUUAAGUGCUGGGGGAUAAAAUGUGAACUAACUUAUUUAAUUUAUGGCAUUUUAAAAUGACACUGUUAACCCAACGGAAGCAUUUUCCUGUUUGAGGCAGAAAGGGGAGAAAAGUAAGAGUUUAAAGAGAUUGCUUGAAUACCAGCUUAUGCACCUUCUAGUUGUACAAAGUGGUAAAGAAUUUAUUUGUAUUUGUUAGGCUGGUAUAUUUCAGAGAUCAGUUCUCUUAUCCCUCACGUCCCACUCCUGUGUUUUGUAGUGACCGUAAACAGUGCUUUACCUUUUGUACAAAAUGGGAUGUUGUGAGGGAAGGGGAGCUUCUGAGAGUCAGCCUGAGGAGAGUCAGUCCUUGAGAGGACCAGCUCUUGUAGCACCUUGGAUACUUGAAGUCUGAUGUUCACUUGUGUCGUUGACUUUGCGUCAGCAGUUGACCUGGGUGGCUGGCAUGUCCAGGAAUGCCUUGGGCCCUGAUUCCAGGCAGCCUUUGAGGAUUUUGUAUGAUACUGAAUGAUGGAGUUUUAAGUGGCAACUCAGGCCCAGCUCAUGCCCUUUUUUGCUUGGACAUGUGCUAUUUUUAUUCAUUUGUAUAUUGAUUCCUUCUAAGGAUUCAACUUUCAAACAGCAAGUAUUAUUGGGGGAAAAAAAAGGGCUUUUAUGGGUUCGACAUCCCUUUAAUCUGUGACCAUUGGGCAAAAAUUGGACCCGCACCUUGGUCUGAUGUUGGUGGGACCAUUUUUGCAGCUUUAAUCCUUAGCCUGUUUGACUGUAUAUUUGUAUUUAAAAUGCAAGAGCUGAGCUAAAUAUUUACAUUUUUUAAAAAAAGGAGCAGGCCAUUUUCCUGAACUAUUAACUUGUGUCAUUUCAGCUUGCACAGAGGAAGUCUGUUCUUGGAGUUACUCCUGCACCCGUUUUUUAGAUUUGUUUUUUGUGUGGAUUUUUUUAAAAAAGCUUCUCUGCUCACCAACCUGGCAGGACAAUUGCAAAAAACUUAAUGAUACCCCGAAAUAUUGUACUCAGGGAGAGGAAAAACAGGAGAACCUUUUAAGGGCCAGAAUCAAGGAGAGAAUAUUCAGAAACAAACCUCUUUUUAGCCUUAGAGGAGUCCAUCACUCUUAAGUAAAUCGUUAGAGCCCACUGAAAAAAAGGUACUGUAAUGCCCUAUUUUUCUUCUUACUGGGUGUGUACAUCUCCUGCCAGUGAGGACUGCAUGUGGCUAAAGGAGAUUGAUGCCACAGCCAGGAUGUCACUACACCAAGAGGAAAGAGGUGUUGAAAUGCUUUUAUCUUUUCCUAAACCCACAAUGUAUGAAGUGUAACGUGGGGAUGGCCACAGCAAGGGAUAUGGUCAGGCUGACUUUGGCAAUGAGUACAGACAAAUUCACUCUUCUCUAUCAAGAGCAACAGCUAACAGCCUGUCCUUUUGUGUCCAAAAGAAACUGCAGAGCAGCUCUGUGACUUUAUUUCCAUUACUUUUCAAAAUAUGCUACCUCAAAGUGCUACCGAUAAACCUUUCUAACUGUAAGUACUCUAGUUAAAAGAGUACGUGUCUUAAUCAAAGUUUAGGUUUUGGGGUGUUUUUUUGUAUAUUGAUGAAUGAAAUCUUACCUAUUAAAUAUGUUAUUGGAUCAUGGUUCCUCAAGGUGAUUAAAGUUUGUGUGUGUGUGUGUUUUUAUGACAAAUAUCUUAUAUGUGUGAUUUUUAGAGUUUGGCUCUUUAAAGAUUUGAAGAGGAUAUAUAAGUUCUAAAGCACUCAGUUUCUCUGAUUUAUAUGCUAAUGGUCAGGGCCCAAUUUAAAUAAAAUAAAAAUAUGUGUGCAUGUAUUUUUUCAUGUAUGUGUGUGACUAUCUAUCUAGCAAGCAGUCAAUUUUUUUUUUUCAUUCCAUAUCCCGUCUGCAAAGAAGCUAUGGGCAGAAAUAACGAGGAAAUUUUCAUCCACUAGGUAGAUUUUGUAAGACUAAGUAACUGCAGAAGGCUGGUGCAGAGGUUCUUAGCUUUGACUGCACAUUGGAGAAAGCUUGGGAGCUUUAAAACCUGUGAUGGCCUGGUCUGUUCCCUCCACUCCAGCUGCUGCUUCACAUUUAAUUGGUGUGGGGUGCAGCCUGGCCAUUGGAAUUUUUUAAAAGCUCUCUGGGUGAUGCUAAUAACAUGUAGCCAGGGUUAGGUAUCACUGUACUAAUAUAAUAGGCCCACUGUUUAACCUCAGUCUAUAAUUUUUUGUGUGAUAAAAACAAAAUUAUAAUUAUCUAUUUUUAUUUGUGAUUCCUAUAUUGCUUAUGGAACUCCCAGCCCUAAACAAAACAUUUUGCUAUUGUCUGAACUUUCAGAUAGGUUUUUUUUUUUUUUUUCCAGAUAGGUUUUUAGUUCUUAGUUGUUUCAAAUUGUUAAAUUGGUUAUCAAAGCUGAUAUACACAUUUCAGGCUAUUGGGAGCUUGCAGUCUGUUUUAUUUCUACUGGGAAAAUGUGUUCAAAGGUGAUUUAUAAGUUUAUAAGCAUUUUCCAUCAGGUGAGGCAGUUGGUUGAGUUCCAGAAAUGUGGCCGUCCACGAAUUGGCCAGCUGAUGAGAAACACAGGGCCUUCUCAUAUAUCGACAGACUUGGGUUUUAAGUCUUUCCUGUGAGAUUUCUCCCUCUCCACCUGAAUCAGCAUGUUGUAUAUUAUCUUCAGAGGCUGGAAGAGAGUGCAUGUGAGAAGAUGAAAGGCAGGCUCAUGGUCUUACAGAAUAGGACUCCAAAGCAGCCACUAAACUGAUGUUUAGACCUGCGAGUGGGGAGAAGGUUUAUGACUCCUUUGUUCUCCAGCUCCAUCAGAAGAGAACAUAUCCUUGUACCAUUAGAUGGAAUAUUUGGUUUGGAGGAGGGGUAGGCAAUGCAGUGAUGGAUAGAGGCUUGAAUGCUUCAGAUAACUUAAGUUUUCAAUCCUUAAGGGAUGAAGUAAUGUUUGGAUAAGCCCAGUUGAAAGGCAUUUCAGUAAGCAGGUAUGCACUUAAUUUAAGUAUGUGUUUUUUUUUUUUUUUUUUUUUUUUUUAAGUUGGUUGUAGUAGGUAAGUGCUUAAAUUCCACUGUGACAGUGUUUGUUGAUUUCAUGAUGCGUGGUUGGAGUUUACCCUCCAGAAUUCUUGUUUGGCUUUCAGAUACUUGUGAAAUCAAGUUUAAUAACCUGAGAAAUUCCCCUAGAAGUGAAUACCAUGAAUGGGAGUAAUUGGGUAACAGUUUGGUAUAUUUAUAGUUAGUCUUAACUUAGUAAUAAUCCAGACUUUUAGAAAUAUGAAUGCACACUCUGGACUGGAGCUCAUUUUCAACAAAAGGGAGGGAAAAAAGUUAAGAAAAGGCAUCACCAGCCCCUUGCUCACAAAUAACAAAAUGCUGUUUAUUUCUUGCUGGACUCUUGGCAUCAUUUGUAAGACUGAAAGUUUUACUCACAUUUAUCUUCGAUAAGAGAGAGAAGCUGAAAAACAGGAUGCUAGUUAGGCCUAGGUGUUGUAGGGAAGGGCACACAACACUUUGCUUUUAUGAUAAAAUUAAAGAAUGACUGAUUGAACUAUGAAGAUUUCUGAAUGAGGAACUGUGCCCCACAGGGCAUCCAAAAAUAUCAGCCAUAGCAAUAUCUGAAAAUCCAACAAAUAGUGGGUCUGAAAACAACUUCAUAGAUUCAUUUAAAAUUUUUUUUCUAAGAUGAACAUUGUAAUUAGUCUGGUUAUGAAAGUAAUAACAGAUUUAAGAUUCGUCCUCAGAAAAGCUUAGAUUUUUUUCAUCAAAAUUGGUAAGUCAAGAAUUGGAAAACUAACCUGUCGAACAAACCUGUCCCCUUGACUGGUUUUGUGCUAAUUUUGAGCUAAGAAUGGUUUCAUAUCUUCAAAUAUAAAACGUUAGAAAAAGUCAAAAGAGUGAUAUUUUAUGAUGUGAAAUUAUGUAUAAUUUAUAUUUUGAUAUCCAUUAAUAAAGUUUUAUUGGAGGA